AUGGUUCCGGAACCGGGAUCGCAUCGUAGCCAAGUGCCGCUAGCGAUCCCGGAAUCACCGCGGAUAGUUCAAAAAGACGAAUUCUCAUGCCUUCCAGUGGUUCCGAAACCGAAAUCGCCGCGAAAAACGGAAAAUUAUUCGCAAAAAUUUGAGCAGGCCCCCCUCGCGCUGUACUGCUUCGCCAACAGCCAAAUCAGCACUGCCCUCAAGCUGCUGUACCGCGCCCGGUAUCUGGCCACGAUCGUGUGCGGUGACAACCACCCGGACAUUGCCCUGCUUGACAGCAACAUCAGCUUGAUUCUGCACGCCGUCGGAGAGUACGAACUGUCGCUGCGCUUCCUCGAGCACGCCCUCGCUCUGAACAUCAAGUACUACGGUGAAAAGUCCCUGAAGGUGACCGUCAGCUACCACUUGGUGGCGUGGACACAGAGCUGCAUGGGCGACUUCCGGUCGGCGCUGAACAACGAGAAGGACUUGGGUGAGGCCCACGAAAAGACCCAGGAAUCGUCCGAGUGUCUGCGCCACCUGACCCAGCAAGCGCCACCGUCGAUGGGCUCGGUGCUGGACAUGCUGAACGCAAUCAACGGUAUUAUCUUCGUACAAAUUAAUUCCAAAGAGAUUGCCAACCUGAAGAACGAGAUCGAGAAGCGCCAAAAGGAGGGCGGUGCCGCAGGAGAAUCCAGCGUGGCGCAGGCCAACCAGGAAGAGGUGGACCGCCUGCUGACGGAGACUAUGGCCAAAACGGCGGCCGGCAUCCCGUUCGAGGAGCAGGACAAGUACGAGCAGUGGCGACAACCGGUGAUGAGGCCACACACCAACACAAAAUCACACUUUUCUACUGAUUUAAUUUAA